GAACGUUUACGUGUAGCUAGCGGUGCACACUGUGUGAGCGUUUCCGAACAAAAGCCUGAAGACGAACAAAUCAAUAGCAGCAAUUGGCAUUUUAAAACGAAACAAUUGAUUAUCAAAUUGUAGCAGGCCCAGUAAACAUUUGGCUGGUAGUCCUAUCAUCUCCCCAUUGGCGUCGUUCACAGGUACAAGCCACAGAUAAAGGCCCAGAAGUGACCCUUCUCUCCAGCUAAGAUGGGAGGAGCUGUGAGCGCUGGGGAGGAUAAUGACGAGUUGAUUGACAACCUGAAGGAGGCACACUACAUCCGUUCGGACCUGGUGGAGCGGGCCUUCAGGGCCAUCGACCGGGCCGACUACUACCUGGAGGAGUACCGUGACAGCGCAUACAAGGACCUGGCCUGGAGGCACGGCAACAUCCACCUCUCAGCACCCUGUAUCUACUCUGAGGUGAUGGAGGCCCUGGACCUGCACCCGGGCCUGUCCUUCCUCAACCUGGGCAGUGGGACGGGGUACCUCAGCACUAUGGUGGGACUCAUACUGGGUCCAUUUGGUGUGAACCAUGGGGUGGAGUUAUAUGCUGAUGUGAUUGAGUAUGCCUACCAGAAGCUAGACUACUUCAUCAAAACCAGCGAAAGCUUUGACAAGUUUGAGUUCUGCGAGCCUUCCUUUGUGGCGGGGAACUGCCUGGAGAUCCCCUCUGAGUGCAGGCAGUAUGACAGGGUGUAUUGUGGGGCGGGAGUGCAGAGAGACCACGAGGAAUACAUGAUGAACCUGCUGAAGGUGGGGGGUAUUCUGGUACUGCCCCUAGAGGAGAAGCUAACCAAGAUCACGCGUACAGGCCAGAGCAGCUGGGAGACCAAAAAGAUCAUUGCUGUGUCCUUCGCUCCCCUGGUGCUCCCCAAAGAUUACACCAGUAACAUCAAAACAUCAAAGACCGCCCCACUACCCACGUUUGAGGUGCGGACGCUGCAAGAGCUGGCUCGUAUAGCCAUCCGCCACACCCUGAGAGUGACCACGGACAACAGGGGGGGUCAGCAACGAGGCCGGGGCUCUUUUGGAGGAGGCAGGGGCCUGGGGGUCAGUGGGCUCCACAAGUACGGCCCGCGCUUUAAACGUCGGCGCAUUCAUCGGCGCCACUGCAACUCUGUGGUACUGAGCAGUGCCCUCCCUACCUCCGCCCCCCUGGACAACAACAAUAACCGCGGGGGCCAGAAGGAGGAGGAGCAGGAGAGGGCAACCCGGGGAGCGGGAGAGGAGGCUGCGGAGGAGGAGGAAGCAGAGAGGGAGACAGGGGAGCUACUCCGGGCAGAGCCACCUAUAAACAUCUUGAGAGAGAGGAUUCUCUGUCUGCCCCUCCCGGAGCCUCUGAAGAUGUACCUGCUGUACUACCGGGAGAAAUGACUUCUCCACAGAUAGAACUAACAGCAGAAAACAAACGUCGGCACAUUCACAAACAAACGUUGGGCAUCUACAACCCCCUGUUACUGACUUACUGACUGGGUCUGUAUCCCUCUUGUCCUCUACAUCAUCCUCUCUCUCUCUCUCUCUCUCUGUGUUUUUCUUACUCAAUGCCUUUUCUGUAUGUGUAAGAAGCAUACAUAUUUGACCAGUGUGAUGGUAAGAGUUUCACCUCUGUGAUAGAACGGCUCCCUGGGAAUCUGUAGCUUAGCUUUCUCAAUGGCACAGAUAUCUUUCUCUGACAGCCAAACAGAUCCAUUUUAACUCUGAGAGUUGGGUGGGUGUGAGUUUGUGAUCUAUCAUUCUGUGCUGUGAUUGAGCCCUGGACAUAUGGUGGUGUCUGUUAUCUUGUUGGAAGACUUCUUAUUGGUCGUUACGUGCAGCCACAGGUUCCAGAACACGUUGGUUCAGGUCUUAAAUAAAGGUAAACCACUGGAUAUUGCUUUAGAGCCUUGUGCUUCAUAAAUGGCAUAGCGUCCGAGCCGGAGGGGAAAUAGUUUGUAAUUUCAGUCGUGUCCAGAAGCCAGAGAGACUUUGUUUGGCAUGGUGGACAGGGAUUUGAGACCACACAGCUGGGAUUUUCCCUAUUAGACCCCCAAGUUCCCAUGACAUCAUAGAUCUGUUCAGGGGAGCUGUUUGUGUGGAGUUGGAACUCUGUAAAUCAACAGAGCUUGCACAAUGAGUAUCAGGUAGGAUUCCACAGUGAGGCCAUUUUGUUUUUGAUAUUGCACAUCGUAACAUUGGUCUGAUCUGGUGUGGCUGAGUGGAGCUGGUAGAGGUGCCUGUUGAAGAGGUGUGGUGUGGAGCUGGUAGAGGUACCUGUUGAAGACGUGUGGUGUGGAGCUGGUAGAGGUACCUGUUGAAGACGUGUGGUGUGGAGCUGGUAGAGGUACCUGUUGAAGACGUGUGGUGUGGAGCUGGUAGAGGUACCUGUUGAAGACGUGUGGUGUGGAGCUGGUAGAGGUACCUGUUGAAGACGUGUGGUGUGGAGCUGGUAGAGGUACCUGUUGAAGACGUGUGGUGUGGAGCUGGUAGAGGUACCUGUUGAAGACGUGUGGGUGUGGAGCUGGUAGAGGUACCUGUUGAAGACGUGUGGUGUGGAGCUGGUAGAGGUACCUGUUGAAGACGUGUGGGUGUGGAGCUGGUAGAGGUACCUGUUGAAGACGUGUGGGUGUGGAGCUGGUAGAGGUACCUGUUGAAGACGUGUGGUGUGGAGCUGGUAGAGGUACCUGUUGAAGACGUGUGGUGUGGAGCUGGUGUACCUGUUGAAGACGUGUGGUGUGGAGCUGGUAGAGGUACCUGUUGAAGACGUGUGGGUGUGGAGCUGGUAGAGGUACCUGUUGAAGACGUGUGGGUGUGGAGCUGGUAGAGGUACCUGUUGAAGACGUGUGGGUGUGGAGCUGGUAGAGGUACCUGUUGAAGACGUGUGGGUGUGGAGCUGGUAGAGGUACCUGAGAGUCAGCAUUCCAGAGAAUAACUGUAGUUGACACUAUGAUUAAGUCCAGAAGACGUUUCAGAUUCAACAUGAUCAUGAGACUAAGGUUGGCAAUGCUUCUUCAGUUGUUAUGACUGAUUCUGCUCAUUUCCAGAUUCAAAAGCACCUACUAGAGAUCAAAUUCUCUUUUUAUGUUGAGUAGAUUUAUUUUCCAAGAGGUCCUAUGAAUAUUUCCUAGCUCGUCCGUGUUGGGACAUUUUUAAUUGUCAAUUCGGGGGGGAAAGUCAAUUUUAAAUUGGAUUCAUAGGUGGAUUUAAAUUGAGUUGCAUUAGCUUCUGAAUGUAUUGGAUAAAGGUAAAAUUGACUAUAACCCUGGCAUGUACGUUUAUCUAAAUAUGUUCAUUUGGUUUACUUCAUAAUCAAUAGUGAAAGGAUCAUGUUUUUUCCCCUACAUACUAGUUGUGUUUUCCUAUUGGUCGAAAACAGCAUGAAAUUGUAAACAUUUUUUUUUACUGGUUGAUGCCAAUGAAUUUUGUUGAUGUGUGAAGGGUUGCUUAUCUUUCCUCCUGUCAUUCAAAACUAUUUGUUUUGUUAAUAUACAUUUGAAGUGGAGUUUUGUGGUGUUCAUCAACACAUGGGACAUUUUGUGUGUAGUAUUUGGUUUGUAAUGCAACAGGAAAAUUAAAAAACGGACUAAAAUAUAUAUAUUUUUAGAUCUUAAUCGCUACAGAUAUUCCUUAAGUUACAGACUGGAUGUUUAACCGUUUUUCGUCUCGACUCAACUUUCACCCUUCAGUGCCAAACUUACAGUAUGUCGCAUGAAACUUGCAUUCUAGUUAAAAACGAUUCUGAUUUGUCCUUUUUUUAAUAGAACAUUUGGAAAGAUAAUGCUUUCUCAUUGAUCAAAUUAUCGAUAAAUCUUUAUAGUGACUUGACCAGGCAGAUCGUUUUGGUCGUCCGACUGUGUAACAGUACACGUCUUGAGUUUUGUCAUGUUCAUUUUCAAUAUUGUGGUAGAUGAAAGGCUUUAAGUCUUUCCCAAUCUGCCUUUUAUUCUGUGCUGUAGGUUAAAGGUCAUCAUUUUGUGAAUGUAUGUGUUGUACUUCAGCAGUUUUGUAAGGAUGUUUUGGAAUUUGAGCUGUACUAUUGAAUGCUGUUAAUAAAAUCCUUUCUGCAAAGUUGAGAA